GUGUUAUGGCCACUUAUGUGGCCAAUACUGCUAGGGGCGUUACUGCCACAGGUGAUUUCGUCUGGACGAGCCCUCAGAUUGUCCACGGGGUUGCGCACCUCUUGCAUGUGCCGUCCGGCUCGACCACAUCCACGAUAUUUUGGCUUUUGCAUUAUCGAGGUCGAGCUGCUGUCAUGAGCGUACCCAGAGCGGUCUUCGAUUGGCAGCAUGUGGGACAAACAGCUGCUGAGGAGUUUGGCUUGCCGUUCUUCUCGCAGGGACAGUUCGGUAUUUGGCAUGGGGGCCGGGUUAUUCCCUUCGGGUCUCAGUUGCCAGCACCAGGCCACGGGACCAUUAUUACCUUGGUGCGUAAUCUUCCGGUUCCUGCUGCGGGUUUCUCCUCUUGGGAUGCGCCAUCGGAUGCUCCGGCUUCCUUUCAUUUUGAUUAUGAUCUGUGCCGUGGUGCAGGAGGGGAACUUCCUCUAGCUGGCGAGACCUGCCUCCAAGUGCUGCCAUCAGGUAUGAGUCAGUCACCUCCACCACCUGCUGAGGCUGCUGGUCCGUCCCGCACGGCUCCAACGCGCUGGCCCACUAAGGAGCCCCACUCCGCCCCGCCUAGUGUCGUUCGGCAGGUCAAUGAAAUCAGUCAUCAGCUCACGAUGCUUACCUCACGACUUGAGGUUGCGGGCGUUCUCCCAGGGAGCGAGCCCGAUGAGGUGGGUGCCGCACCAUGGUUUCAUGGUCCUGAGGAGUUAACCAAUAAGGACAAGUCGACGGCUAGAACUGUACAUCCCGUUGCGCAAUGGGGCGUCUUUCUUCUUGGGAGGUUCCUAGGGCAGUCCGGUUUCGUGCUAGGGGUUCUCUCUGCCAUCACUCUUGUUCGUGGCGACGGCGAAGAUAGUGCCCCAUCGGAGCCCUCCCAGCCUAGCUCACCAGACCUUGCAGAGGUUACGGCCCCUACGCCGGCAGCCGAACUUGUGGGGACAGGAGGUGAGGACACCCAUCUACUCCGCCCGAGUGAUGAGGACGCUGCGCGCACUGGUGCGCCGGUUGUUGGCCAAUGGCCCGCUGUUGCGCCAACCUUCGAUCAUGCGUCCAUUCCCACUUUGCAAGGACGUGUUAUUGCUUUCAUGUGUGAGGUCGACGACCGCAGCAACCGAAACCGACCUUUUCUGCCGGCGGGGUGUCCGCUGACUAUCCAUAAUCCCUUUACAGUUUCUGACCAAUGUAGCGUGGUCACCCCCCUUGUUGGAUCCGGGCAAGAAUUUCGGUUUCUGCUCCAAGAUUUCUCUGGCCGCCGUGGCUGGCAGCAGAUACUCCCUGUCCAACCGCAGCCCGAUACAGAGGCGGUUCAUCUGAUUCCCGCAGCAGCCGAUUCGGCACUGGCUUCCGUUGUGCUUCGCACCCAUCGAGGGCUUCACCCGGUUUGCCUUCCAGCUACGCUCCCGGUUGGUCCUACUCGGGCGUUGACCUUAGGUGGUCGUUUUGGCCGACUGCGCGAACCGUAUCCUCUUCGACGUAAUGUCGAACGGCCGGUGCACCUUCGAGAUGGUGACUGCCUCCUUCUCGACUCAGGUCCGUUUGGCCCGCCGCCUCCGACACCAGUUGUCACUAGUGGGGCUGCUGUGUUGCCAAUGUGGAUACUUGGGGGACUGUCUUUCAGAUACGUCCCUAUGCGCCUUCUGGUUUUCCUUCCUGCGGUCCAGGCAAUGCUCCAGUGGACGGACACUUUAAGGCCGACACGUCGUGACACGGUCGAAGUGGGCUCCUUCGCGUGGCGAGACGCAAGGUUUGACAGGACAUUUGAGGGGAUUGUCAGUCAGCCGCGGCUGCGGUGUGUCCUUUUGUGUCCUCUGACAGGCAUGCAAGGUCCGCAUGAGAUAGCUACGCGUACUGUUUACCCUGCGUUGCUCGGCCACUAUCAAGCUGUGCAUGGCGACUGGAUCCGGGAUGUUGUCCCAGUCUGGCCGGGGCUCUUUCGUGACCGUCUAGUUCUGGUACCUGAUAUCGGGGCCGACCCCAGGUGUGUUUGUAUCGUAGCGUGCCACUCGGAUACUGCAAGAGCAUUCUUGGUGCCCGGCCGUUGUACCUUUGACUGCCUUCUGCGGACACUACGCCACCUGUCGGGCUGGCCCAUCAUGCAUUUGGGAGUCUCCCCCGCUGUUCGCUCUUCCCUGCCGAACCCUCGCACCUGGGAACUGAACCUUCGCACUGCGGAUGUUCUAGAAGUAUUCACGGGUACGAAGGAUGUUAAUGCUUUUGUUCCGCAGAUGCCUCUCAGUCUCGUUUCUCAGGUGCGGUGGACCGCCCCCUUUGUGGUUGCUGAGACUGACUUAGUUGGUGUCUGGUCGCCGGUUCAUGGGGGUCCGAUUUUUACCCGGGUUGAUGCCGGUGCAUUUUGGACACCUGAGGACAGGACGUUUGAGGGCUCUUUCAGGAGCCGCUGGCCAGGUUCGUGGGUCCCUAUUCCAUGGCACCCGGGAAAUUGCGUGCACUUAAUGCAAGCUUCCACCAGUCCGGGAAGAGCGCAUAUUAUACAUGAAAGCCGCGAAGGGGUAGUGGCGCUUGCCUUCACUGCCCGUACUAGCCGUUCUGAACUUGCGGAAGAAUUGCAUUCCUUGCCGGAGUACAUGGCUGUACUCGGCGCUACACCUGAAGACACCAUUGCACCCCUUGUUCUCCGGGACGGUGAUGUUGUACUGGACUCAUAUGUCUAUGAGCAGCGUUGGCUCUCUGUUUGGAAUCGUGGGCGACGCUGGGGGCUAGACGCCUCGGUCGGCCUCUCGAUUGCUCUGCUGAUCGCAGCCCGUCAGCCGUCCCUCUUCGGUCUUCUGGUCGGAGGUCUUCCCACUGCUGAGGCUGUCCGUCGUGGUCGGAGCCGAACUCCCAGCUCCGCACACUCGUCUGCUGACUCAGACGAUGACUUAAGCCCUCGAGCUAGCCACUAUCAUAUCCUCUCUCCCUUCCACAGCGGAGCUUUCCCGGCGUACUUUACGCGUGAGGUCGCGGGAACUACGUUGGACGGCCUAGGUCCCGGUGGCUCCCGGGCAGCCUUCAGUUCGUGCGUCCUCGGUGCAUGCCCGGUAAUGACCGAUGGGCGCCACCAGGAGCAGCACAUGUUCUCCAGCACCGUCCUUUUAGUGGAACACCGCCUCCGACGCGGCAUGGGGGAAGUGAUUCUCCGUGACGGUGACCGUGCCCUGCAUGAAUCCAUCCCAGGCGCUUUCAACUGUAGGCUACUGUCCCCCUUCGGGGUGAGGGGCGAUCCUGUUGUUGUCAUGCGACAAAACGACACUGUGGAAGAAGUCAGGAUGGCCUUGACGGGCUCUGAGCCGGUUUGGUCGCACGAAAUAGUUCCGGUGUGGCCGUCGCCCUCGCCCGACCAAUUGGUGUUUGUCCCCGUGGCCCCAUCACCCGCCAUGGCAUGCCUGGUCGUUCUCUCAGUUGAAUGGCAAAUGCCGGUGCUGAUCCCUAAUCGUGCCGAUUUGGCCUGGUUGUUGGAUUUCAUACGAGGUAUGUCGCCAGGCCCACUCUUCUCUCUCAGAGGUCCGCCUGCGGCGGUGGGUCCAGUCACUAGCGCCCACGAAGCCGUGCGUUGGAGGGAUGGGGAUCUGGUUCUGGCCUUUCCCACUGACUUCGAUGCCAGUGCGUUAGAGGUUCCGGUUUUUCGUGCUGAUGAACAGAGAGUGAAGUGGACCUUCCUCUGGUCCUAUGGAGACCAGGGCAGCGCCCGAUACGUACACGCGUUCGGUACCCUGGUCAGUGGAGCCCGGGCACUCGGUUGGAGAGGCUAUCUGGCUUUCCUGUUGCUUUUCGCUGACGCUUACUCGGCACAGGCGAUGAGGGAAGCUCCCCCUCGAGAUACCGGGCAGCCACGACACUGCCUCUGGUGUCCUGCGCAUGGGAGGCUGGGGCCCUUUCUGGACGCAGCCACAGCACUCUAUGCAACAGGCUGGAAUUCUCUUGAUGUUACCCUCGCCCCGGUUCGGCCAGCGCCGCUUUCUAUUGACAGCCAUUGGGUUCCGGGGCUGGGUAUUAGAGGGUGGGCCACAAUUGUGAUAGUCGGUGCACCAGCGCCGCGCGCACUGCUAGUGCCAACCCCACUAACCGCCCCGGCUUUACGCCAGCUCCUUCAGCCGCUGUUUGGGAGUGUUCGCAGAUUCCAGGGCAAUGCGCCCGAAUUGUCGGUGGUGGGACCGGCUUCCCCACCUAUUCACCUCCAGGAUGGCAGCUGCUUGCGCAUUAUUCAGGAUGGCUGGGCACCGUCACUCGCUUUCCCAUUCUACCGUACCUUCUCCUCCCUCCGCAGCGCCGUCCGCUACGGCUUCUGGAGUGAUCGCCUCGAGAUUGCUGGUGGGGGCUGGAUCAUCCUGUGGCGGCGGGCUGAUACAAUACAUAGGAUUCUGCGGGCACAGUCGGGUCAACAGUGGCACCCCGCGCGAGGGGCUUUGUUACCGGCUAUGUCCGGGGAGCCGGAGGGCUGGUGGCCCUGGGAUCAAGUCUGGGACUCGGCCGACAUCAUCCAUAUGUCUCCCACGUCUACCAUGACCGCCGCAUCCCCACUUUCAGGAAGCCAGGUUCCUCGCGAGUCUGGCCUGCCGACUGCUACAAGCAACUCGGCCCGCUCUAACCCCGGUGGCUUGCCCUCACUUGUGUGUUGUGGCCUCCUGGCUGUCCUGUGGUGGCGAGGCCGCUCUCUGAAUGGCAGGGAGGCCACUGGGCUCCUUUGCAUCCUGGCGUGCUACCUCGCUGCUUGGGGGGCCCCUCUGCAAUGGCAUGAGGUCUCCAAAGGGACCUGGGAACUGGAUGUCGAGCCGACGUGCCAGCUUCAGGCACAGCUGCACCAAGGUUGGUGGUCUCAAGGCUUAGGAGACUUGUUACCCGGCUGUCUCUCUUCCGCCUACCAUACUGCUUGGCAAGCGUAUCCGGCAUGGGAAGGCGGGCCGCCAGAUAGCCUUCUCAUUGCCACAGAUGGCAGUGGCGAAGGCCCGGGGGCCUGGGCCUUUCUCGUCUGGGGUCUGUUUCGUCAUAAGUGGUUUCGUCUCGGCUGGGCCGCAGCUACACUACCAGUUACCCCUUGGUUGCCUGGCGAGUCCCGCAGCACGCACCCUGGGCUGCGCUCUUUCCAUAGUGAAUUGGCGGCUUUGCAAGCAGCAGGCCACUGGUGUGCCGCCAUGCUCGAUCUUUGGCAACUACGCAUGCGGCACAGGCCUACACAAAUCACUAUAGUGGUGGAUAAUUCCUCUGCCCUCCAGGUAGCGGCAGGACAAGCAUCAGCGGCGACCGCGCCUGCACAAAGAACCCGCCUAGCCUGGCAGGUAGUGCAGGCGCGCGUCACUACGCACUUCCGCCAUGUCCACAGCCAUGUCGGAGUCCUUGUCAACACACUCGCGGAUGCAGUCGCUGGCGUGGCUGUCACCGGUGAUUGCGACCUCUGGGUCUCACACCCGCACUUUCGUCUCCAGGCGGACUUGGACUUUGACCAUUUCCCAUGGCUAUGGGUUAUACCCCAGAGUCGGCUUCGCGAAGGGAGAGGGGUUUUCUCAAUUACUACGGGGCAGACUGACUGGCUGCCACCAGUCCCCAGUGAGGAUAAAAAGCAGGCAAGCACGUGCGCCGCCAACCGGCCUCUCGGGCCCCUACACCUUCUUACUGCCAAUAUACAGUCUAUCAAAGACCCGCGUCAGAGUGUUUUCAACCCCUCUGGUCACGGUGCCCGUCGCCAGUACCUUUAUAGGCAACUGCUCGAUAUGCACGCAGACAUAGUGUGUCUUCAGGAGACCCGGGCACCCGCGGGUCGGUGGGCUACCGGCGGAUGGCUCUCCUGGCGCUCCGGCGCUGAUCGUGGCCAGUAUGGUUGCGAAAUUUGGGUUCGACCUGACAUAGUUAGUCCACCACUCUCCUUGGCCUCGUGCAAGAUCUUGAAGGCAACGCCGCGUCUUCUUGUCAUCACCUGCGUUGAUGAGAGGCUUCCUCUCACCAUUUUCUCUGCUCACGCACCCCAUCAGGAUCGCCCCCUGCAUGAGGCUAAAGGCUUUUGGAGCGAGUUGCACCAAGCACUGCACCAAGCGCCUCGACUUCGCCCCCGACUUCUCGGCAUCGAUGCCAAUGCUGAUUUCUGCGCUCAGGACGUGGAAGAGCAAUGUAUUGGCUCACUCAUUGCUGCACACCCGCCAACCUCCAACGAUGAGUUCCUUUUUGAGUUCGUCACUGUUAACGGGUUAGACUCCCCCGCUACUUUCCCGGAAUACCAAGACGGACAGGGGUGGUCCUGGGAACAUACGGGCGGUAAACGCAAGCGUUUGGAUCAUUUGCUUUUCAGUACGGGGGAUUGGCAGCACCAUAGCACUGCCCAAGCCUGGGAUUUCGACAUAGUCAAUUCCUACAGGGAUCAUGUUGCUCUAAGGUCUCGCUCUACCCUGUUUCGGCCAAGCCCUGUGGGGCGCACAGCUCGUCGUCGGGCGGUGCUGGGAGGGCCUUUUGUUGAAGAGUUAGGGCGACACUUUUGGGAGCAACUCCCAUCUCCCCAUGAGACGGCCAUCAGCAGUGGUGAAGCGGUGUUCACCUUGCAAGAUGCCUAUCGGAAGUUUGCACAGCAACACGCUAGUUCCAGGGUCCUUAAGGUCCGUCAGCCGUACUUGGCCCCUGAGACCGUGCGUUGCUUGUAUCAGCUCCGCGACUGGCGGUGUCAGCUUCGGCAUUCCCGGAAACUGCAUCGGCAGCAUACAUGCCGCUGGGCGAUAGCCCGUUGGCGCCGACGCCCUCGGUCGAUCCGCCUCCAGCAUUUGGCCGAUCUGCGCAUGGCUCGCCACUAUACGGCGGCCCUUGCUUUUCAAGAAGCUAAGGCCCAGGAUUAUGUUCAUGGGUUGGCCAGGAAGGAUAAACAGGCGCACUUCCUGGCAUUGACCACUGCAGCCCUUCAGCAUUGGCACGCCCAUGGUCGUCCCAUGGAGUCCAUCAAUCACCUCAAAUGGGCUGCUAGGAGAGCUGCUGAACGCAGGCAGGUUUAUGCGGCUGGAGGUUACGACAUAGACGAGGCUCUCGAAGAACAAUUUCGGCUCCAAGAGGCCGGAAUUCGCACGGACGCUGCACAGGUUGGUGCCGCAACCAGGUCCUGGCUGCGCAGGGAUGCCCUCCCCUGCACACAGGCGGUCCCUUCCCUCCUUCAGGCGGAGGACAGCUGCCGCCGUCAAGCGCCCAAUAAGGCCCCAGGACCCGAUGGGGUACCUAAUGCAAUAUGGCACCACUUCCCGGCUCAGGCGGGACGCUGGGUCUGGGCGGUUAACACAAAGAUAGCGUUGAGUGGCCAUGAACCGUUUGGGUUCAAAGAAGCACUAUACUUUGCACUUUACAAAAAAGGCCCGGCCGCCAUCCCGGCCAACUAUCGCGCUAUUGCCCUUCUCAAUGGGGUAGCAAAAAUUUGGCACAGCCACCUCCGGCGGACAAUCGGCAAGAACGUGCUGCAGGGUUAUGCUGACACCCAGCUUGGAGGGAAACCGGGCGUGCCAGUGAGUUUUGCUGUAGCGGCCUACAGGGCAGCCAUUGACCUGAGCACCCAACUGCAGCGCAGUACUGCGGUGCUGUUUGUUGAUAUUCAGGCUGCAUAUUAUGAAGUGAGUCGUCAGCUUAUCUUCUGUGGUGAUGCUGCCCUCACACCCAGUGAAGAUGCUAGUCGCCCCGACCUCCGACAUCUUACCCAACUAGUUGACGGUCUUCUCUCUAAAGGGGCGUUAGAGCAGAUAGGGAUGGUUAGGGAGGAGCGCGAGUUACUACAGGACUGUGUAGCUUUCUCCAGAUGGAGCUUGGCUGGCUCCGCCUCUUCCUUCAUCGCAACUCGAGGCUCCCGACCAGGGGAUGGGUUAGCAGACAUUCUUUUCGGAGCGUUGUUCUCUGUCGCACUCCGGCAUAUUCAGGCAACGUGCCUCCAGGAAGGCAUCUCUCUUCAGGCAGCAGGCAGUUUUGUCGGAGCUUCUGAUGAGGUGCUUCCAUUAGGCUGGGCAGACGAUCUUGCCAUUUUAGCGGAUUUUGACUCGCCUCGCCAACUCCUUUGCCAACUGCCUCGGCUCGCUACCAUCGUGCUUGCGACCCUCGAGGUUCUGCGCUUCCGAGUCAACCUGGCUGCUGGGAAGACCGAGAUCCUGGUCGAUGUACGAGGUCCGGAGGCUAAAAUAGUCCGUGGCGAGCUACUGGCUCCGCCUUCUCUACUACGUUUGCCUUCCGGUCAUGCUGUCCGGUUAGCCCCGGAAUACCGGUAUCUCGGGGUGGUUCAAACUCCCAGGGAUAAUGGCCGGCGGGAUAUGGAAUUGGCAGCACAACGAGGCCACUCCGCAUGGUCUCAUGCGAAGAGUCUGCUAGCCUGCCAGUCACUGCCGUGGCGACUUAAGCAAGCGUGGCUUGCCGGCCGGGUGCUCCCAGCGGCCUAUGCUACCCUCUGCACGUCGCUUGCCGUCUCUGAACGGGCAGUCAGCCCACUUACCGGUUUCUUGGAAAGGGCGGCGAGACAAUUGAUUGGCUCAUGGAAAUUUGGACAUGUGUUGACCAAUCCCUUGUUGGUUCUGCUCAUGGGGUUAUCGUCCCCUGGUGACGCGUGUGCCAUCGCCAGAACCCGGCUGGUGGUUCAGUUAGUUACACGCGCCCCGCCACGAGUGGGUGAGCUUUUUGCAGCAGCCUGGGAUAGGGCUACGCCAUGGUGCUCCCUUCUUGUUGACGCGUGCCAACAAGUCGCAUCUGGGCUGGUUGGCCACCUAUCCCCGACGCAUGUCACUCGCCAGUACAUCGCCCAGCAUGCCGUCAAACUCCAGAGUGUCUGUAGGCACCUCAGCCGGUAUGGUUCAGCGUAUCGAGCGCUUCAUGCACUGUGGCGGGAUGUCGUGGUUCCCAAGGUCGUUCAGGUUCUUGGCGUGCCGCAGCCCAGAGUUUGUGGACUUUGCGGCCUCAGCUUCCCCAGCCUGCAUGCCCUUGCCGCGCAUGUCCACCGCAAGCAUUCCGUUGUCAAUAGCCUGACUCGGUAUACGAAUGGGACAGUUUGCCUAUGGUGUCAUUGCGACCACCACUCGACCGACAGGUUAAAAUAUCACUUGAAGGUGACUCCAGCGUGCAUGCACGGACUUCGUGUCACUGUCGGGCAAGCCUACGUCUAUGGGACAGGGACGAAGCGAUCUGGUGCCAGGGGCCACCGAGGCUUACCUGCUACGCGCCUCCCUGGGCCUAUUAAUGCCACACCGGCUCAGAGAGCAGCUUCCCUGGCCGAGAUCCCAUGCACGGAAGAUGACCUGUGUCAAGAGCGACAGGCGAUAGUGGGAACACAUGAGCUCUAUUCGUGGCCGGAAGAUCCGGCACCACUUGCGGAUGUUCUGCCGGCGGACACUACGGAUGUCUCAGCUCGCGGGCCGGGUGCUCCAGCUCUAACGCCGGUCGUCAGUCAACUGGAAGGGACUCUUCACUGGUUUGCCAUUGAGGCCUUGAAGGCCGUCCAGACUGGUCGGUUCCCUCUCCGCUUUGGCGGGGUAUGCUCCAUCGGAAGGUUGUCUGGCGACUCCCUGUGGCGUGGAACUGCUUUUGGGGCUUAUGGGCCACUUUACAACGGUCUGACCCCUGGUGCUGGAAGGCUAGACGAGGGUUCGCACCGCUGCGCCAAUGUCUGGAUGCGGCCGAGGACCCUGUCAGUCGCGAACCCCCGAGACGCUUAUGGCGGUUACUCGAAGCUACAGUAA